AGCAUUCAAUGCCAGACACCGCGGUAUCAUCAAACUGCCAUACCGCAGUCAGCUCCACAUUUCGGCAUUUCGGCAAUUGCUGCCGCUUUGGUUGAUGAUAUUCCAUGGCUCCGGACGGACACCAUGAGGACCCUUGCAAUGUUUUGACAAUAUCAUUCAAAGCUUUGCAGCGAUCGCGACAGACUCUCGAGGACUUCAGCAAGACUUACUUUCCUUACAUUGGCCUAAAGCUCCCCGACGACCUGCUCAAGUAUCUCGAUGUGCUAGUCUGGGUGGAGGCCACUAUCUACCAGCUUGAUGAGGACAAUGAGCAGCUGACGGGCCAUGGGGGACAGAGCACCGUAGCGGCGACCGCAGGCCUGGAUUGCAUCCGGGCAGUGCUGCGGCGGGAGCGGCUGCUGGACGACCGGGUGCAGCACGAGAUCGCACAGGGCCUGAGGUACUGGGAGCUGGAACAGCACAUCUGCGCCGCACUGCUCGCGGCGCCGCGCCCGCUGCAGGCACCGGCAGCGCAGCUGACCUACGAGCUGGUGUUGGAAUGCCAUUCAGCCAAGAGUUUCGACUACCGGGUGCUGUGCCUGCUGCUGUUCCGGCUGUCGGGCCGGCCGCACGACGAGCGGCUGUUGGCCUUCCUGCGGCUGGACGAGAUGCUGGUGGACAUCAGCGACGACCUGUGCGACUACGAGGAUGACGUCGUCGCCAACUCCUUCAACAUCUUCCGUUGCUACAUCCAUUUGUACGGGAGGGAGGCUGAGCUGAAGCUGGUGGAGCGCAUCGGUGCGCUCGAGUCGCAGCAUGCCAAGCUGCUUGCGGGCCUGCCGGAGGAGUCGCAGCGCCACUACUGGAGCCGGCACCAGGAGGCGUGUGACGGCCAGGGUGCGGACCGGUGGGUGUUCCCGCCACCCAUUUACGACGAAGAGGAGUACCGGCGGAGGGUGAAGGCGGAAGAGGCGGCGGCAGCAGCUGCAGCAGAAACGGGAGCAGCAGCAGCCGGUGGCCAACUUGGAUGAAAGGCCGAUAUUCUGUGCAUUCGUUAGGCUCAUAUAUAUUCAUCACUCACUGGUAAUGGCGCGAAGGAGGUUGUGUGAAGCAGGUGUGGUGAGCAGGAUGGCGCGUGUAUGGCUGUCGUGUCCAUGUCCAUGUCACUUAGACCCGAAGACCACACCAUACUUUGCAUGCCGCUUUCAUUUUCUCCUUCGAUAAGCAUGUUGUAUGUAAAUAGGUAAUUCAUGCGGGCACCGUGGGCUUUAUUACGAUGAACGGCGUGGGGUUGCGCCGCGGACAUGUCCCGUCGGCGCUGGGCGACAUGCGACAUGCACGACAGCUGUAGCUGUGGUGCCUCG